CACAAUAACGAAAGCGGUUUAAAUUGACCUUUCGGAAAUGCAGUCUCAUUUAUGAUUCGUUACGCGUAUUAGGAACACUGACUUUAGUAUCUAUAAAUUUAUUAACUAAAAAUGGGUUUAAGGGGGAUUUGCUUCGUUUAUGUUAUAUUUUUCGUUUAUUUAUUGCAAUAUGCUGAUGCACUUCCAAGGCUCAGUAGUGUAGAGAAAACAGAAAUAUUAUCCGAAUUGAGCGGAAUACCGAUAUCUACAGUGAAAGCUACUCCGGUACAAGUGGUAACUGAAUCAGUUGCCAAGAUACCAGGCAGAGUAAAAUGCGUCAAUGAAGAAGCUACGGAAGAAUUAGUCUGUCAAGAACAUUGCCUACCAAAAGGUUACUCAUAUGGCAUCUGUGUCAGAGGAACUUGUAGUUGUAUUUAAUUUUUGGUAAAAUGGUCAAUGAAAACAAUUUUUUUUAACAUUGUCAUAA